AUGGCGCCUCUCGUCGAAGCCUUCCCGCCCGAGGAGCUCGAGGCCCGCGCGCAGUACACGCCCGACAACCGGCUGCGCAACAAGCGGCGCCCCGUCGACCUGGCCAAGUGCAAGCUGCUGGAGCUGGUGCAGUACGAGUGCGACGUGGUGGACCGGGGGGAUCCGAAGAGCGUCGUGCGCUGCCAGCCGCUGGUCAGGCUGUUCCGGAAGUGCGCGGAUGGCUUGUCGGUCGAGACGACGAGUUGGGAGGGCUUGGAGGGCCGGUGGUGA